AUGCCGAUUGAGGCCCUUUCUCCAGCCACAGCCCGGGCAAUCGGAUCUACAUCAGUUAUCUCCGACCCUUGCUCAGUGGUCAAGGAGCUGAUUGACAAUGCUUUAGAUGCGGACUCAUCAUCGCUCGUGGUCGAAAUAUCUCCAAAUACCGUGGACGUGAUACAGGUUAAAGAUAAUGGAUACGGAAUCCCCACUGAAGACCACCCGAAUGUCUGCCGGCACACUUACACCAGCAAAAUUCAAACACUCGAAGAUCUAGAUAAUGUCGGUGGGAGUUCGUUUGGGUUCCGUGGAGAGGCAUUGGCCAGUGUGGCUGAAAUGUCUGGCGGCAUCACCGUCACUACCCGGACUGCGACAGAAGUUACCGGGCUAUGCCUAAAGUACGAGAAGGAUGGCCAUCUUUCUCAGUCUCAGCGGACAUCUCACCCGGUCGGCACGACUGUGCGCAUCGUGCACUUUCUCAAGCAUAUACCUGUCCGCAGACAGCUAGUCUUGAAAAAUGCUGCCAAGAUACUCACCAAAAUCAAAAAAUUGCUUCAAGCCUACGCUAUUGCUCAGCCUUCCAGGAGGUUCUCGUUGAAAGUUCUCAAGGCGAAAAACGAGAACAACAACUGGACGUACGCACCCAGUACCGGUGCCACACUCUCUGAUGCGGCGGGGCAGAUUUUUGGCCGAGAGAUAUCGUCUUGUUGCGUCAUUAAGGAAAUUUCGCCUGGAACAUCUGCUUCUGAAAGCGAACCAAAGCGCAAUGGAUAUGAGGUUCUAGCUUUCCUUCCAAAGGCAGAUUCAGAUAUUUCCAAACUCAAUAGCUGUGGGCAAUUCAUCAGUGUGGAUGAUAGGCCAUUAUCUGCUACCCUGGGCAUUGGUCAAAAUAUCGCCAAACUGUUCAAAUCCUACAUCCGUGCCAGUUUUUCAAAGGGCGAAGCACCAAAAUCAAUCAGCGAUCCGUUCCUUUGUCUCCAGCUUAGGUGCCCUCGCGGCUCAUAUGAUGUUAACAUUGAACCAGGCAAAGAUGAUGUUUUGUUUGAGGAUCAUAAAAUUGUCAUCGCUUUGGUCGAGAGCAUGUUCAAGGGACACUACGGGCCAAUCGCAGAUUCGUGCUCAAAAAGUCCAGUUCAAGGCAAACCUUGCCGUGUACACAAAAGCGACAGGUUUGGCCUCAUGCUAGCUCGAAAUGAAGUGCAAACAACCGCUGUCAAAUCCACAGCAACAAGUGACCUACCCGUUCAGUCUGAACUGACACUCCCCCUGACUCAGGGCGCUCCGCGACUUGAAGCUUCCCCGGUGCAAACGCCCUUUCGGGUCGUUAGUCGGACCUCUCGCGAAGUUGGAAAGUGCACAGCGGCACGUACAGGAUCUCCUUCUCUUAAUCCCUGGUCUGCCACAAGAAUGAAUUCAUCUCUACGUACUCCAAGGCGGGAUAUUGUCCCCUGGCCUAUCAGUUCAGAAGCUGCCUCCAGUGAAUCAUCGCCAGCAAGCAUUCGGCGCAACGAUUCUUGUAGGAAUAACCAAAUCCUACUCCAAGAAAGUCCCGAACUCAUAAGCCCUCCCAUCUCGCGACUUGUUUCAACAUCACCCGUCACUCGGCGACGACAAUCCCAAGCGCAAUGGUCGCAGGUCUCCCCAACCCAAACACUCUCAACAAAUGAUUGCAGAAAGACAGCACGGCAGCGUGACAAGGAACGAUAUGGCAAUGGGGCGCUGGAUACAUGGUUUGCCAAAACUACACAAGUCUCACUCGCUGAAGAUUCUUUGGAGCAGACAGUCGAGCAAGAGCAAAUCAUACCGACUAUAUCUCAGCUUGCGCAGGAGAGGUUCGGGACCCAGGCUGGACGCUUAGAUCGUAUCACUGAAGUCCAUUCGCCGGACUCCAGACAUGGAGCAAAAUCCGGGCAGUCGCCUCGGCCAUCUAAGCAGGAUCAAAGCACAACCGAUACCGGGCAUCAAGGUUCUAUGGAUAGUGGGCGUGGAUUUCCAGUCUUAGAAAGAUGGGCGGCCAGUCUUCGAGAAGGUUUUACUCCGGAAACUCUUUCUGAAAUCGACAAAGCCCUUGACUUCGAGAAGCGCAAGAAGGAAGCCAUUCAAAAGCACCGCGCGCGCCCCACGAGCAACAAUACACCGUCCAGCUCCCAGGUCAGCGCCAGCAGUUCUCAUUCGCCGCAUCACAGCCGCUUUCUCAAGGCAAAGGCUGCUUUGGCAUCCAAUCGGUCAUUUUCUACAGACUCAGGGUCUGGUAAUUCCCUUUCUCCUCACGAUCCAAAUUCCCUUUCUCCUAAUGAUCCAAGGGCCUAUCUCAUUCGGCAGAAUGCCCGGAUAGUGUCUAAAGACGAUAGCAAGACUUGUCCGGUUCCCAACAACAAGUUGCCCUUUGAGCGCAUACCCGAAGGUUAUGAUGUUCAUAGUCUUGGCUCAUUAAUGCCGAUGGACCUAUCAUUCGUUGAGAAGUCAUUUAGGCUCAUGGCCCUCCAUGAUUAUUAUAUACAUGACACAGCGGAGGAAACGUUGACAGCAUCUGCUAUCGAAUCUCUAACGCCGCUCUGGAAUAAACGACUCAAUGGUAUCGUCAACAUGAGGUACAAGUCGCAGAUUUCAGACUUGGAAAUCAAUGCCCCUGUCUUCAUUGACCAUCUAAAGCAAUUCGAUUCAUCCUGA